AGGCCUACGGGUCGUGCUGUGUUUUUGUGUAGCAGACUAUCUAGCGGUGCAGUCAGUGACAGUUUAACUAAGGUCGAAGUGAACGCAAGAUGCAUGACUGCGGGGGCCAAAGUUGACACAUAUCGGAUUUCCUCAACAGAAGUCGGAUCGCUCCCGUGUGUUUAUUUCAGUGAAGUCUAGUCCUAGUCCUUUGAUCUAGAUCAGUGUGUGUGUUGUAGUGUUGCUGUUUGUUAUUAUUUUGCGAGUUCUUAAUUCUUUGAAAUCAUGCUAAAAAGAAUGCUUGGAAAUGACUUGAAGCCCGGAUUUUAUCACACAGAAUUAGUGUCCACUUCUUGGGAUGUACCUACUCGUUACAAACGACUUGUACCUAUUGGAAGCGGAGCUUAUGGUCAAGUUUGUGCUGCUGAUGAUGAAGUCAUUAAGAAAAGGGUGGCUGUGAAAAAACUGGCUAGGCCAUUCCAGUCUGAGAUCUUUGCCAAGAGAGCUUAUAGAGAAAUUCGGAUGCUCCGACAUUUUGACCAUGAGAAUCUCAUCAAUUUGCUGGAUAUAUUUACACCCAACAGAAACAUUUCAGACUUCAACGAUGUAUACCUAGUGACUCCUUUAAUGGACACUGACUUAAAUGAUAUUUUAAAAUGUCAAGCUUUACAAGAUGACCAUAUCAAGUUUCUUCUGUACCAGGUCCUUCGGGGGUUAAAGUAUAUUCAUUCAGCAGGCAUCAUACAUAGGGAUCUGAAGCCCAAUAACAUUGGUGUGAAUCAGAAUGUUGAAUUAAAAAUUUUAGACUUUGGGUUGGCCAGAUCCAGUGCUGAAGAGAUGACAGGUUAUGUUGUGUGCAGGUGGUACAGAGCCCCAGAGAUAAUACUGAACUGGAUGCACUACAAUGAAAAAGUUGAUAUGUGGUCAGUGGGAUGUAUCUUGGGAGAAAUGAUUACAAGGAAACCUUUAUUUAAAGGGGUUGAUCAUAUUGAUCAGUUGAAUAAGAUUUUGAGUCUGGUUGGGAAGCCAUCAGAUGAUUUCAUCCUUAAGAUAGCCAGCAGAGAUGCCCAGAGCUAUAUCAAAUCACUACCAAGGACAAAAAAGAAAGAUUACCAUCAGUAUUUUGCUGGAGCUAACCCACAGGCCAUAGAUCUUUUGGAAAAGAUGCUUGACCUUGACCCUGACACCAGGAUCUCUGUAGAUGAUGCCCUGAAACACCAAUAUGUCAGACAGUAUCAUGACCCUGAUGAUGAGCCAGUGGCAGAACGCUUUGAUAAUUCCUUUGAAAAUAGAGACCUUAAAACUGAAGGCUGGAGGCAACUAGUAUAUCAAGAGCUUCAGUCCUUUGUCCCUGGCCAUCCAGUCCAUGAAUAGACCACAAAAGAAGAUAUUUACCGAUUCACAUUUCAUCUUUAGCUGCAAUAGACAAAUGAUUGUCAUUUCUGAAGGAAAGAUAGAAUGAUCUGCUGCAUAACUGAAGACUUGUGGCAGAACAUGUUUUGCUUUAUAAUUAGCAUGAGUGGAUUGGAUUUGGAUUUUAUGACACAUCUGCACAAUUUAGGCCAUGUCGUGCCGUAUUAGUGUGAGUGUAGGUUUUCAGCUUUAAAAACAAUUGAUUUGUUUUAAGACUAAAUGGUCACACACAUUGAGAACAAGUAUAUAUAUAUAAAUAUAUAUAUAUAUUGUAUUGUAUACUUUGUAAAUAUGGACUUUAUUUUAUAUAUAUAGUGCAAGAUGAUAAUGUUCUUCUUUAACACCUAUUGUGUUAUAUGAUUUUAUCUUGAUGUUAUUAUAGCAAUGUUUUGUAAGUACAUUAUUAAUUAUAUAUAUAUAUAUCUGCUGUUGCUGAUGUUAGUGUGAUUAAUAAGUGGAAUCAAAUCUAUACAUGUUGUCUUACAGUUGAUUGUUGUUGCUGACUUGAUCACACCAUUCAUUGGUCGCAUGUAUGUUGUGGGUGAUACUAAAAAAUGUCUACUUUGAAAGUAUUUUGGUUUACUCAGUUGGUUUUUUUUUUUUACUUGUUCAAUGAUACAUUGCCAUUAUACAAAGACUUAUUUUAACCUUUUUUUUUUAAUUUGUAAAGUUGGUGGGACAGUCCUUUGCUCAGUAGACCUACUAAUUGCCAUACGAUUUUAUUUCAACAAGUAUUUUCUUUUAAUUUUUUUUUUUUUUUUUUUUUGAAAAUGAUGUAAAUAUAUCUACAGGUAAAUAUUUUUGCAUUGAUCAAAGGUUUUACUGAUUGACACCUGAUGAUACAGUUGCUAAGACUUGAACAUUGUUUUUGCUAAUCUGUGCUAGAAAUAGCAUCUUUCAGCCCAUUUGUCCUUACAAGGGGAAUUCUAGUAUUGGCAUGAACAUUUGGUAACUGCAAAGAACAAGAAAUCAGAACCUACUAAAUGAGAAGAACAAAAUCAUUUCACUCUAUGAACUUUGAAGAUAUUAUAAUGUGUGUGUGUGUGUGUGCUACACAUACCACCUUGUAGGUUUACUUUAUUUUGGUAUUCUUGAUUAACAAGUUCAGUAAUUAAGAAAUUAGCUUCUGUUGUCUCUAAAUUAAUGUUGUUAUUUUUCCCUUUCUAAACCCUGGCAAGAAAGUUUGUGUUGAUGCAGAAAGAUUGUUGGAAUACAUCAAUCCUGCCAGUGAUGGCUUUAAACUUUCUUUCUGAAACCAUUGUGUUCUAAAGUGAAUUCUUGGGCUGCAGAAUAGAAAUACUUUAUAGGGUAUGAUUCAAGUACUCAUGCUCUAUACAUAUGAUUACCAUUAUAUUGUUUCUUGAACUGCAGUGUUUAAAAAACAACAACUAGUCUUUAAAUUCAAUAAUAUAACUUUGUUAUGCACUAAACAAUGUUGUGGGCAGCAUUUUUCAGAAUUUUCUUGUUUGAUACAGCCCUCAGCAUCACUCCAGUCAACAUCAUUUGUAUGUUUUUACUACACAUUGAUCAUGGUUAGCUCCCGCCUUUUUGUGCUGUCUUUGGGUUUGAGAACAGUCCAAGGAUGUCUGUCUGUAAGCAUUUGGGAACACAGCAUGUCCACUUAAACAUUUGUUUUUAACUGGUUAGUCAAUGUGACAUCCUUACAGUAUGAAUGUUAAGUGAAGAUAAAAAAAAUUACACAAUUCAUCUCUCAUUUCGAUGGAACACAUAUAAUCUCUGAUCUCUCAUUUUGAUGGAACACAUAUAAUCUCUGAUCUCUCAUUUCCUAUGUUUCAUUGGCAUACUAGGUGGUCAGAAGUAUAAUGCUUUGUGCAGUUUUGUUUAAUCAACCUCACAUUAACUGUUUCAUGAAGAUGCAUCGGUGUGGCACCCCAAUCUAUACAUAACCUUAGCUUGUUGGUCAUGUACUGUAUGCAUACAUAAAUAAAAUUUUUCUCUUGAUUUCUAGGUCAGCAUUUUUUUCAUUGUGAUGCAAUAGCUGCAUUCUAAAGAAUAGGCGCAGCCAUCUAAAAUGCUGUAGAUACUUGGUUAAUUUCUUGAAGGCCAAUGUAGAAAGCUAACUGUACUCUCAUUUGAUAUUGUUUUCAUUGUUUUCAUGUAACAUUCAAGUACCAGUGCUGAUGGUUCUAGUCCUGACUCUAUGAUCCUUUAUAGAGUAAGAAUUCUAGAUUGUAGUUAGGUAAAUAUCAAAGAUUCAAAUCUUACAUAAAAAUUAAGCUCUUUUUUUUUUUAAUUUACCAAUGCAACAUGUUUAAAUUAUUUUUUCAGUUUUGGGCAUUUGUGUAUGUAUCAGUUUUGAAUAGCAUUAAGAGUUUUUGUGUCUUAAGUUGAUGUGUGCUCUAAAUAAUAGUUGUUGAAAAUAUUGAGAAGUACAAAUAUUUAAAAACAUAUUUUGUUAUUUCAACAACUGAUCUCUAAAGAUUUGAAAAAUAAACUAUUCUUGUAAUAUAUAUGA